AUGCGGCACCUUGUUAAAAAAGCCUGUGAUGAAUGCAUCGCCCGAAAAGUCAGAUGUACCGGGACAUCUCCUUGCGAUACCUGUCGACAGAGCCCCAGGCAGGUCAAAUGCACCUACCUGAAACCCGUGCAGAGGAGAGGUCCCAAGGUGCGGCGGUUCACUGCUCAAGCGCGAACAUCGACCAUCUUCCCCACUCAAUUAGUCGUACCAGACCCCAUUCCACCAAACAAUGUUGCUCGAGAGCACUGUAUUGUGGACACAUCAAUCUCCUUGGUAGCUCUCGCAUAUGUUGUCCGGCUGUACCAGCAAUCAUCGUACAGCGUCUGGCCGGUGAUCAACACAACUUCUCUCUUACAGAAGCUUGACUCGGUCCCCCAUGUCGACACGCUCUGUCUAGCCAUGGCGCUCUCUGCAGCAACGAUGGCUCAGUUGCAGCUUCCACCAUUGAGCAUCAACCACGCAGGCGUCAAUCACGCAGUAGAUUGCACCACCAUGGCAGCAGAAUGCAUGAGACUCCGGGCGAGCUCGUAUCGAGAACAUCUCGACCUGCGAAGCAUCCUCGUCUCAUUCUUCCUGCACGUCUACCACGCCAAGACCAACCGACGCAACUCGGCCAUGAUGUUCAUACAAGAAGCAAUCUCAGGAGCCAGGCUACUGGGACUGGAUGCGGGUGGGAUGGAUGAGCAAGCUAUAGCCUGUGAUGCCGAUGUCAUCGCCAACAAAGAGGUGGUGUUUCUGCUGCUCUGGAUCUCGGAGAGAGGCUAUGCUAUGCACUUGGGCUUGCAGCCGUCCUAUACAAGUCCCAUUGUUUUGCCAGACACACUCUCAAAUUCUAAUGCAGAGGUGAAGGGUCUACUUGAUUUGGGCCGGCUUUUUGCAACUUUCGACAAGGUUUCUGCCGGUGAUAGAAAUGCCAAUGCCCGGGAGUCGGCGGGAUACUUGGCAGAGACGGAGGCAGCAUUGUCAGCCCUACCUCUCAACUAUUCCUCGGCACGUAUGGCAGACUACUGUAUCACGAAAGAGUGGAUGCGCACAAUCAUCUGGCAGAAAGCACUGUCCCAACGAUUACUCUCAUCAGUUUCACAGAUCGACCUCUUGACUUUCCGCUUUCCGGCCGUUGUCGGCCGGGCCCUGUUAUGCUCGUUGCAGGGGUUCACUGAGACGGACUUGCUUCCUCUGGGACGUGACCAGCUGUUGAAGUGCUUCGAGGUCACCAACUCACUAGCAGAUAUCAUUCUAUUCACCAUGCCGGCUUCCAGACACUCAACCUUGCAAUGGCGGCCGCAGGACUUUCUGCAUGCUCUGUACCAGAAACUAUUGCCAUUCCUCCAACAUGACCCUAUGUUGAAGUCAUUGCUCCGAGCAAAGACUGCCGAAGCUUUAGUCAAUGCCCCUGCGCUGUUGUUGGGCCUCGGUUGUGACAAUAGUACACUCACAGAAGAGGUUCCUAGUCACUCUAUAGAUUCUGAGGAUGCCGCCUUGGCUUAUGAAAUGGCUUAA